AUGGCGAAAGAAAAUAAUGUAACUGAGUUAAUUUUCACCGGCCUUUUCCAGGAUCCAGAGGUGCAGAAGGUGUGCUUUGUGCUGUUCCUUCCUGUGUACCUGGCCACAUUACUGGGCAAUGGUCUAAUUUUUGUGGCAGUCAGUGCCAGUAAGACUUUGCAUUCUCCCAUGUACUUCUUCCUCAGCUCCUUGUCCCUGGUGAUCUGCUACUCCUCUACAAUUGUCCCUAAGUUCCUCACUGACUUACUUGCUAAGAUUAAAACCAUCUCCCUGAAGGGCUGUCUGGCUCAGAUAUUUUUCUCCCAUUUUUUGGGUGUGGCUGAGAUUCUUCUGCUUGUGGUGAUGGCCUAUGACCGCUACGUGGCCAUCUGCAAACCUCUUCAUUACAUGAACAUCAUGAGUCGUCAAGUGUGUCACAUGCUGGUGGCCGGUUCCUGGCUGGGGGGCUUCAUUCACUCCAUAAUCCAGAUCCUCAUCACCAUUCCACUGCCCUUCUGUGGUCCCAGUGUGAUUGACCACUACUUCUGUGACCUGCAGCCAUUAUUUAAGCUUGCCUGCACUGACACCUUUAUGGAGGGUGUUGUUGUGAUGGCCAACAGUGGUCUAAUCUCUAUAAUCUCUCUCAUCAUCUUGGUGACCUCUUAUGCUAUCAUCCUCAUCAGCUUGAGGAACCAUUCUGCAGAGGGGAGGCGCAAGGCCCUCUCCACUUGUGCCUCUCACAUCACGGUGGUCAUCCUGUUCUUUGGACCUGCCACCUUCAUUUAUCUGCGCCCUUCCUCCAGCUUCACUGAAGACAAGCUUGUGGCUGUGUUCUACACGGUCAUCACCCCCAUGCUGAACCCUAUCAUCUACACACUCAGAAAUGCAGAGGUGAAAAAUGCAGUGAGGAAGUUGUGGGGCAAAGGGAACCCAGAGACAGACUAA